AUGGAGAAUUGUCUUCAACAUAUUGUGUUGUAUGUGCUACUUCUCGCUAAUGUAAUUACAGGAAAAUCUUCCCCUACAGAGAUCACGAGUCAUGUGUGGACUCCUCGAGGUGGUGCUGAGAACUAUUAUGGCAUUGAGGCUACAAUUGAUGUAUAUGGAUUUAAUUUACAACCCGGCCAAUUAAGUGCAGCUGGAAUUUGGAUUCUGAACAAAGGAGAUGGAAAACCAUCUUCAGCUAGUGGAUUUCAAGUUGGAUGGAGUGUAAAUUUUCCGAGGUUCUACAAAGAUUCACAUACCCAUUUCUACACAUCUUGGACUAGUGGUGGAUCGCCCGCGAAGGGUUGUAGUGACAUGAUUUGUCCUGGCUUUCAAAAGACAUCAUCGAGUAUAGCUCCGGGAAGUAUCAUUAAUCCAGUUUCAGAUAUCCGGGGCCGAAAAUCAUACAUUACAAUAAGAGUUUUCAAGGAUAAAUCUUCUGGUGACUGGCACGUCCAUUAUGGAUUAAACGGUGGUAUCAAACCAGUUGGCUAUUUUCCCAAAUCCUUGAUUCCAGGACUUAUUGAUAGGAAAGUUGAGAUUAGUUUUGGAGGCUAUGUGUCUCACCAAAAGCCACAACCGAGUCCUCCGAUGGGAAGUGGCUACGCUCCAGCCAGUGGCAAUGCUGCGUCCUUCAAAAAUAUCAAACUAAUUGAUGCCAAUGGCAAUGCUCAUCUUGUGAACACAAAUCUUCCAUUUCGUGUGGACCCCAAAAGAUGCUAUCCUAUAUCUUACAUUGAUUCAGCCAGGUUCUUUUACGGGGGAUCUGGAUGUGCUGAUUAA